AUGCCACCAGCUGCUAUCUCCCCGCCAGCUAGCCCACGCCUUCAAAGCAAUGGUGAUCUGUCCAGGUACAAGGGCUACGACCAUGUGCACUGGUACGUGGGCAAUGCCAAACAAGCUGCCGCCUACUACACGGCCCGCAUGGGCUUCGAGAGAAUCGCAUAUCGAGGCCUAGAAACGGGCUCCAAAGCUGUUGCCUCCCACGUCGUCGGCAACGGCAAUAUCACUUUCGUGCUCACCUCGCCCCUGAGAUCGCUGGACCACCUGUCCCAGUUCAGCGAAGAUGAUCAGGCGCUGUUGACGGAGAUUCACUCGCAUCUGGAAAAGCACGGGGACGGCGUCAAGGAUGUUGCGUUCGAAGUCGACGAUGUCGAGGCUGUUUUCAACGCUGCGGUGCGGAACGGGGCGACGGUUGUUUCGGGCAUCAAGACCCUGGAGGACAGCCAGGGUGUGGUCAAAAUGGCAACCAUACAAACAUACGGCGAGACGACGCAUACUCUAAUCGAAAGGACAGGUUAUUCGGGCGUAUUCUUGCCGGGAUAUCGACAGGAGACUGCAGCGGAUCCCCUUUCGAAACAUCUGCCCCCAGUCCCACUCUUGCACGUUGACCAUUGCGUUGGCAAUCAGGAUUGGAAUGAGAUGGACAAAGUUUGUGAAUAUUAUGAGAAAGUCCUCGGCUUCCAUCGGUUCUGGUCUGUCGACGACAAGGAUAUCUUCACUGAAUUCUCCGCCCUAAAGUCCGUCGUCAUGGCAUCUCCAAACGAGCUGGUAAAGAUGCCCAUAAACGAGCCUGCGAAAGGCAAGAAACAAUCCCAAAUCGAGGAAUAUGUCAACUUCUACAACGGGGCGGGCGUCCAACACAUCGCGCUCCGCUCGGACGAUAUCAUCCGUGACAUCACGAAUCUGAAAGCCCGCGGAGUGGAGUUCAUCAAGGUCCCCGAGACGUAUUACGAGGAUAUGAAGGCGAGAUUGGAGAAGGGGGGCAUGAAGUUGGAGGAAGACUUUGAGACGCUGAAAAGUCUAGAUAUUCUUAUUGAUUUUGAUGAAGGGGGUUAUCUGUUGCAGUUGUUCACGAAGCACCUCAUGGACCGUCCGACCGUCUUCGUUGAAAUCAUCCAACGCCACAACUUCUCCGGCUUUGGCGCGGGGAAUUUCAAAUCCCUCUUCGAGGCCAUCGAGCGCGAGCAGGCACUGCGUGGUAAUCUGGUUUAAACCACUCCACAUGACACAAUAUGAGAUUAUAUGACAGCAAUUUGCUUUUUACGCUGUUGGCUUUGGUUGGUUUUUUUUGGCAAUCGUCCCCAACACGUGACCUCUAUAUCUCCUUUCUUUUCUAUGCUCUUUUUGCUUUUCGACAUGCUUUUCUUUGGUCUUAUUUGACAUGUUUAUUUGGCGAUAUACAACAUACGAUUUUCAUAGUUAUGCCAGCUUUCGUUUGGAUAAGUCGAGUGGUGGUCCUAUAUAUAAUAUCUUGCCAAAAAUAUCUUGUACGAAGACACUUUGUGCUGGCAGGUGGUUAGAAGUGAGCCAUUAGAAACAAUUGCUAU